AUGCCACCUGCGCUAUCCGACGACGAGUUCGACGACGACGACGAUGUCCCCGACCAGAUCCCCGCGCGCCAAACAGCCAAGCUUGAACCUAAGCUGCCCGACGUUGACGACGAAGAUGGCGAAGAGGAUGAGGCGGGCGAAGAAGAGUACCGUGUGGAGAAGAUAGUGGCUCACGGCUUCGAGGAGGACGGCUCAGUGAAGUACAAGAUCAAAUGGCUGGGUUACGAUAAUGAGGACGACAUGACAUGGGAGCCUGUGGAGAAUCUCGAAGGCGCGCAAGACGCGCUCAAGGCAUACCACAAGAAGAUCGGCGGCCCACCGCAACUUCCGAGUGCCAUGUUGAAGAAGGGCAAAGGUGGCAAGCGAACAGCAGAACAAGCCUUCGACUCUCCAGCUCAAGCGUCAAGUGGUAAGAAGCGUGGCCGGAAGUCUGCCAACGGCACUGCGGAAGAGCCAGUGGAAAGAAGCCGCCAGCUCCCCAUCGGCUCCUGGGACGACCAUGUCCUUCGCGUCGCAUCUAUUAUCGAAGAAGCUCUCGAAACACAUACCUCGAAGGGAGUGAAGGUCGAGAACAGGGAGCUCAUCGGUCUCCUUAUGUGGAAGGACAACGGCCCGAAAACCCAGCACAAGAUGAACAUAUUACGAACGAAGUGUCCGCAGCGGUUGCUGGAUUAUUAUGAGCAACACCUGAGGUUCACGGACUGA